GCGGUUGCGGCGGCAGUGGGAGAGCGGUCGGGGUACGGCGGCAUGGCUUCGUCGCAAGGCAAGAACGAGCCGCGGUUCGCCGACUGGAUGGCGGCUCUGCCCGACAGCAUCCGCAGCACCCCGCUCACCAACCUGGCCAUCCCAGGUUCCCAUGACUCUUUCAGCUUCUACAUUGAUGAAGCCUCUCCAGUUGGGCCUGAACAGCCAGAAACGGUCCAGAACUUUGUGUCUGUCUUUGGGACGGUGGCUAAAAAGCUGAUGAGGAAGUGGUUAGCUACACAGACCAUGAACUUCACCAGCCAGCUGGGUGCAGGUAUACGGUAUUUUGAUCUUAGGAUUUCCACCAAGCCCAGAGACCCAGACAACGAACUCUACUUUGCUCAUGGCUUAUUCAGUGCCAAAGUCAAGGAAGGCCUGGAAGAGAUCAACGCAUUCCUUGCUGACCACCCAAAAGAAGCGGUUUUCUUGGACUUCAAUCAUUUCUAUGGAAUGCAGAAAUACCAUCAUGAAAAGCUUGUCCAGAUGCUCAAGGACACAUAUGGAAACAAAAUGUGUCCUGCUAUAUUUGCCCAUGAAGUAAGCCUCCAGUACCUGUGGGAAAAGGAACACCAAGUGCUGGUUUUUUAUCACAGCCCAGUGGCUCUUGAGGUACCAUUUCUUUGGCCAGGCCAGAUGAUGCCAGCUCCUUGGGCAAACACAACAGAUCCAGAAAAACUAAUUCAGUUCCUCCAGGCAUCAAUCACUGAAAGAAGAAAGAAGGGCUCCUUUUUUAUAUCUCAAGUAGUGCUGACACCAAAGGCUAGUACAGUCGUGAAAGGUGUUGCAAGUGGUCUCAGAGAAACAAUAACAGAAAGGGCUCUUCCUGCAAUGAUGCAGUGGGUCCGAACUCAGAAACCGGGAGAGAGCGGUGUGAAUAUUAUCACUGCAGAUUUUGUAGAACUCGGUGACUUUAUCAGCACUGUUAUAAAGCUCAACUAUACCCUGGAUGAAGGUGAAGAUGACACUACUUGAUACUACUGCAAUAUGUUUGUUGUUGCGCUAUUUGGAAUUGGAAAAAAAAAAAAAAAAAAAAAAAAAAAAAAAAAAAAAAAAAAA